AUGUCUCGCGAUGCCGUCGCGCAGGAUGCGUCAUUUCCAAUGGCUGUCGAUCGCCCUGUUGUGCCUUCUACAAAAGCUCCAGUAGCUGCACCUGCACAAAAACCAACAUCAGCAUGGAACACAAAAGACCUAGCCCUUCGCCUCGGAGUAGACGUCGCCAGCGCCGCGAGUGCUGGCGCGCUUACAUGUCCGCUGAUAACAAUCAUUGACCGCGCGAUCAUCGAAAAAGCAUCCAAAGGCUUCCCAAUCCGCCAAACCAUAACCUCCUGCCUCAAAUCCAUGAUCACAAAACCCGGCGCCUUCUUCACCAGCACACCUUUCCUCCUCAUCUACGCCCUCUACAGCUCAACCUACCUAACAGCAAACACAAUCGACACCGUAACCUCAACCCUUCGCAACCAAUCCUAUGACACCGUCACGCCCGGCCCCGCGAAAUUCAUCUCCACCACAGUUGUCAACAUGGCAAUCUGCGUAUACAAAGACGCCCGCUUCGCCAAAAUCUUCGGCGCUCAACCAAACUCAGCCUCCUCUCCCUCAACAUGCCACCCUAAACCGACGGCGACAGGGCCGCAAAUCCCCAAAGUCUCGUACACCCUCUUCUGUCUCCGUGAUAGUAUAACCAUCUUCGCCUCGUUUAACGUCCCACCUCUAAUCGCACCUUCGAUCCCCGAUUUCAUCGCGAGCACGCCGUCAAUGAAAUCGGCCGUCGCGCAGUUCUCAUGUCCGGCGCUGAUGCAGUUCGCUAGCACGCCUAUGCAUCUGCUCGGGUUAGAUCUGUUUAACCGGCAGCCUGUUGGGGGUUUGCCGUGGACAGAUCGCAUGGCGAGGAUUAGGAGAGAUUAUGUGCCGAGUUGCUUUGCGAGGAUGGGCAAGAUUGUGCCGGCUUAUGGUAUUGGAGGUGUUGUUAAUGUUCGCAUGAGGGCAAUGCUCAUGGAGAAGAUUCAGGGAAAGUAA